AUGGUUCUGGAGGUAGCAGAGGCUAAAUUGGCUCGAACUUCGGCUAAACGCGUAUUUAAUCGGAACGUCAAGAAAUUAGUUGACUCUAUUAACUCUAAAGAUACGGCUGCAUUAAUCGAGAGUAGAUUUAAAGAUUUGAAGCAGCUCUGGGAUGACGUCCAACGGAAGCACGAAGGGUAUAUAGAAUCGCUGGAAAAUUCGAAGACGACUUAUGAUGUUGAGCAAGAGGAUGGAUGGAUUGAUGAAAUGGAUAAAGUUUAUGAUGACGUGUUACGGCAAAAGUUGGCAUACUUUGAGACCGUAGAAGAGGAUCAAAGGGAAAUCGAACGGCAACAAGAACAAAUUUCUAAAGAGAAAGAAGAUCAAAUUCGUAAGAAAGAGGGCGAUAAAGCUAUUUUUCGAGCUGAACAAGCCCGCAAAGUUGAAGAAAUCGCAUUUAGACAAGAGGUGGAAAAUCUAGAAGAGGCAUUAGCUGCAGAGAUAGACAAACCCAAUCCGGCAGCAUCAAUGCUUGAAACGGCAAGAACUGAGCUAAAAAGACAACUUGAAGAGUGUAAAAGGGUCAAUGGUGAAUAUGUUCUGCUACUUGAUGCUGAGACAGCUGGUUAUGAGAUAGCUUGGUUCACGAGUCUCCAAAAGAUUUAUUCGCAAAUAUCUAAAAAAAUCGGCGACGUUAUUCAACGGAAAAGUGAUACUAAAGGUAAUGCAAUGAGAGGAAGCACAAUGAAACUAGAAAGAAUGAAAUUACCCCAAUUCAGUGGAAAUAUUCGAGACUACCCUCGUUUUCGAUCAGAUUUUGAAAAACAAAUCCUACCAGAGUUGGAAUCUGGAAAAGUUGCAUAUGUCCUCAAAUCAUGUCUCGAAGGUGAAGCAUUUGAUGCCAUCUACAACUUAGAUGAUGAU